GGUUCUGUCAUCUGUGGCUGCCUGUGUCUAACACUAAACACAUCCGCAACAUCAACUCUAAAAUAAUUAUAAAUUCCUGAAGUUGAAAACAAAUAAUAUCUCAAAGAAAGUAUAUCUUGUUUUUCUUUGUUAUUUUCUCAAUUUCCUUUGCUAGCUAUCAACAUAUUGUACAAAUCCAUAAAAUGGCUGCUGUAAUUGUCCAAUCUCGUUUUGCCGGACUAAAAAUUGAGGAUGAUGAAAACGCCAACGAUAUGCAAAAACCCAGAAAGAAUAAAGUUAACACGUCUAAAAAAACCGAGCUACCUAAAAAAAAUAAAGUGGCCAGUAUCAACAACAAUAAAACUCAGGUGGUGCCCAAAAAACGUAAAGCAAAACCAAAUGCUGCCACAUCUGAACAGUGGGAAAUGUGGAAACAGAAAGAUGAAGAACUUGUUCAUGGCAGCUAUGAGUCAGAACUACAACAAGCUAUAAUUUUAUCUAAACUAGACUUUGAAGAGAAGAAGGAUGUUUAUAAGCAGCUAAAAAAAGUAGCAGAUACUGAGAAAAAGGCAGAACAGUCUGAGAAAAAGUGUGAAAAAAAUAAGAAAAGUAAAAAGAAAAAUGUAAUGAGCCUCGACCAGUUUAACGAAAUGGUUAACCCUGGUGAGGAGAAUAAAUCUAGCCAGGAGAAUGGGAAAGACCCUGAGGAGGAACAGUUACAACUACCUGGUAAAGACACAAAGUUCUUUGAAAGAGUACAGGAUGAUGUAAAAAAUGAAAUGCUAAAAGAUAAAAUUAUAGAAAGAGUGCGAAAUCAACCGGUACAUGAUGAAAUCAUAACAAAAGUACAGUAUAAAGAGGCUAUAGAAAGGAAAGAGAAAGAGAUAACUGAAUUAAGAGAAGAAGUCACAAGGCUGAAGGAUGAACUAUUUAAAGUAAAGACAAGAAAUCGGAAGUUGUGUAAUAUACUUGGACAGGGUGAAAUGAAGGACAAAGCAGAGGUAUUAGUGGAAGUUGAGAGAUUGAGGGCUGUCCAGGUUGAGUUGAAUACAGAGUUAGCAUCACUCCACUCGGAUCUUGAGAAGGAGAGAUCGAAGAAUGCUGACCCUAGGUCUAAAGAUAAGCGAUAUCCCAAUAGAAAGAAAAAUGUACGAUUUGAUGUUUCAUCAGAGGCGCUAUUACAGAAUGAAUCGAGUACCUCGACAGUAUAGAAACAACUGGAACUAAAUUAAAGAUAUCAAGCGAAAGAUACAAAAAAAAAAGAGGCACAAAUGGCGAUAAAGAUAAAUAGUAUUCUAUACCUAUUUAAAUAUUUAAUUUUUAUGUAAGAAUUGUUAAGAACUGUCGAUUUUGUUAUAUUUUUUAUUAUUUCUGGCGAUUGAUGGAUCUACAGCACGGCUGUUCAAAAUAACUGUCCGUGGCGGCCUUACUGUUUUCGUUUGAUUAAAUUCAAUACAAACUGAGCCAGGUGAUUUGGGAGAGUAAUACAGAACAAUACAUUUCUAUGCGAACUUACUGAACGCAGAGAAGUUAAAGAUUUUAUAGUUUCGCUUCAGUUGAUUUUGAAUUAUUUAUUUAUAAAUAAAUAAUACACGCUGUUAUCGUAUUGCUCGCCCAUUUAAUUUUUUACAGUAUAAAUAUAACUUUUUAAUGUUAUGUUGUUAGAAUGCAAAGUUUAAGAAUAUAAAAAAAAAUAUUAUGAAUGUAAAAAAAAAUCUAGAAUUCCCUUUUACAUGGGCAAGUUCGUCUAACUUGUAAAUAUUGUUCAAUGAGGGUCGUGUGAUGAACAGCAUUAUUUCGUUUUAGUCACUCAAGUUAACUGAACUAAAAUGAUGAUUCGAAUAUUGUAACCGAAUGUGACGUCUGAUUUUAUUUGAUCUCUUUAAUCAUUUAAUUUUUACGAAAGUAUUUAUUAAAUACAAAUUCUCUUAGUUUCUGUGAUAAACGACUCGAAAUUUAGUUUUAUUCAAUGCGAAAGUGAUCUAAAACUACAGUAUUAGAUGUUACGCUGUUUUAGAGAUACCUUCGUUGGUUGGCAUUGUGAACGCUUGUUUAUGGUAUGGUCGAGUUUAUUAUACUUUACCAGAUAGUCUCUAUUAAACUUUUUUUCACAUAAAAACUAUG